UUGUUUUUCAGCACUGACAGUCAUUAUCUUUGGCUCCGUGUGUUUACUUCACGAACACCGCAGUGUUUUGCCGCGAGCGUCAAAUGGCUGUCAAGUACGAUGUGUGUUGUUUGGAAAGAUGAUUUUGCUUUUAAAAUAAUAAAAUGAGUGAAUUUAAAGUGCAUAGAUUGAUGAAAGAUCUAGUUACCUUGACCAGAUCCCCAGAGUUGCCAGAGGUACUUAUUGAACGCCUACAGCAAACAGAAUCAAGACAUGUGAAUCCAGGUCAGACUGCAGCAGUGCAAACUAGUUUACGACAACUUUGUAGAGAUAACCCCACGGAAGAACUAUUCACCGCCAAGUAUAAUGAACUGAAGACGAAGAAUGCAGAUUGCCUUGUGCCAUAUGUCCAGUUAUUAUCGUUAAUAUCUGAUGAUAAAGAUGUGAAAGAAUAUCUUGAGAGAAGGCUACGAAGAGCCCAAGAAAGAAGUAGAAGGCAUGGCUCUUCAAAUACAAAUGUAUCUGCAACUGUUACAACAGAAGAUUUGCCACAGAUCCGGAAUCGCCUAAUGAAAGAACUGGUAAGAGGCUCUAAUGAGGGAAAAGCAGCUGCGAAAGCUCAAAGUGAUGCCCAGGCAAAAGUACGACACCCAACGUAUCAUGUACCUGUGAUGAUUGAUUGCAAGGCAAAGAGACCAAAUAUGAAUAUGGAUUUUGUUACUGAUACGGGUCCAUCAUCUUUAGUUGGAGCUUUAGGUGUUAUACCUGCUGUUUCACAGGAGAGUAUAUUGAUACAAGAUAUUCUGUGUGUGCUACAAGGUCUUGAAGGUGUCUGUAUUAAACCCGACAAACUAGAGAGCCCAUAUGCCACUAGGACAUUUGGCAUUACUCCAAGUGUGGAUUCUUCUCUAAGCCAACUUGCUAAAAAAUUUUUUCCACUGGCAUCACACUAUUCAAUUAUUGCGCGUUUCAUAGAAGAAAAGAGGCAGUUUGAAUGUGGUCAAGUGAAUCAUGCUUUGGUAGCAGCUGUAGACAGUCUAAUCAAAGAAUACUUGGUAUCAAUAUCACAGCUAGAGGCAUACAAUCAUCGUGGCUCACUCAACUUACAGGAACUUUGGUUUUAUAUUCAACACUGGCAGCGCACCCUUGAGGUUCUUGCUGAUAUUGCUACUUUUAUAUGCAGGUCAGAUGCCAAAGGAGGAAAAGUUUUAACCCUAUUGCAUGAGCUGACAUCUAGUUUUAACGGUGACAUUCGGAGACAAGAGAUGUGUUUGCAUUUAACACAGUCUGCGUGUGGACCCUACAUUGAGAUACUGGAAAAGUGGAUCUACAAAGGCGUCAUCUCUGAUCCAUAUCGGGAGUUUCUGGUGGAAGAUAAUGAAGUCAUUCAAAAAGAAGAACUUCCAUUGGAUUAUUCAGCUGAUUACUGGGAGAAAAGAUACACAGUUCGUAGGGAAAGGAUUCCUGCAUUUCUUGAAAAUAUCUCUGAUGUUAUCUUACGAACUGGCAAAUAUUUAAAUGUGAUAAGACAGUGUGGCAAGAGUAUUAAGUCCCCCCAGGCUGAGGAGAUCAAGUACACAAUUAAAGAAAGAAAGUAUGUAGAAGUUAUUGAAAGAGCUUACUUGUUUGCAAGUAAGACGUUGCUGCAACUUCUAAUGGAAGAAAAUGAUCUGAUGGGCAGGCUACGGUCAGUUAAGCACUAUUUCCUUCUCGAUCAGGGGGACUUCAUUGCUCAAUUCAUGGAGGUUUGCGAGCAGGAACUAUCAAAAAAUAUUGAUGACAUAGUACCUACACGACUUGAAUCACUACUGGAACUUGUCCUGCGGACAUCAACAGCUAAUGUAGAUCCGUACAAGGAUGAUAUGCGCACUGAACUGCUACCAUAUGAUCUCAUUUCACAGAUGUUUAAAAUACUCAGCAUUGAAACUGAUGAAGAGAAAGAAUACCGAGUUGCACUGCAUAAUGUACAUCUGUCUGGAAUUGAAGCAUUCUCAUUUGGUUAUGAUGUAAAGUGGCCUGUGUCACUGGUUCUCAAUAGGAAGGCUAUAGCUUGUUACCAGAUGCUGUUUCGCCACCUUUUCUAUUGUAAACACAUUGAGAAAUUGCUUUGCAGGGUUUGGAAGAAAAACAAAAUGGCUAAGCUGUUUUCCAAUAAAGCCCUGAUUAUGUACACUCCAGCAUUCGCCCUUCGAAUGAGAAUGCUUGAUUAUGUACAGAAUCUUGAGUACUACAUGAUGGUUGAAGUAAUUGAACCAAAUUGGGUUAACUUUCUUUCAAACAUCAGCAAGGUCAACAAUGUGGAUGAGGUUCUGGUUUGCCACUCGGACUUUCUGGACAUUUGCCUCAAGGACUGCAUGCUGACUAAUCCAAAGCUCUUGCGAACAGUGUACAAGUUGCUCGAUGUGUGUAUGUCAUUUCACGACUUCAUGGAGAAUAUGGGUCGAUACUACAUGGAGGCGGAGCUGACUUCGAUGAUCGGGUCUGAUGGGAGCUCUGACUCACUUUGUGAGUCCUUGGACAUUCCAACAAAUGAUUCAACAGUUGGUGAGAGUGAAAGUUUUGAGCAGAAUGUGGCAAAGUUCAACCUAAAAUUCAGCAGUCUCUUUUCUGGACUGCUGGAUGGUAUUCGUGAGCUUCCUCGUGACAACAACAAUGAAAAACUUAUCAAUCUGAUGUACAGGCUUGAUUUUAAUGGUUCCUACAGUGACCAGCUAAAUAUAUUUGGUUUGAGUAACUCAUCACAUAAACUCAAAGAAGGUGAGACAUCGGGAUGAAAUAUAGUCACCUGAUUCAAGAAUGAUGUUUUUUCCCAGUGCUGAGUCUGUAACCUGCCAGUUAGUAAGACUUAACUUACAACAAAUUAAUUAACCUCUGUGUAGUAUUGUCAUCAGGAUUUUAUACAAAUUACAAUUAUAAAUGAGAUACUUAAAAUAUAAUUUUAAUCAUUCAUGUUCUUUGUUUCAAGAUAGCAAUAGAGCAAGUUUGAAAGUAGAUCUGAAAAUAAAUUGUUAUAUGUAAUACUAAAAUAAUGUUUGAUAAGCAGUUCACAAAGAAAAUGGUACAAACAGUGAAGUCAGUAGAAGCAGUUUGUGAGUGUUUUGUGUUUAGGUCUGGACAGCAGUAGAAAUAAACAGAAGAGUGCUUUUAGUA